ACCCUUUGUGUAUCUAUUAUCUAUGGGCAAAACUAAAAAAAAGUAGUAAAAACAAAAAGUGUAGUUCUAGUGGUUUUGAUUAGUAUUAAAUCGUAAAUGUAAAACUUUUGUAUGGAUUAAAAUUGUUGCUGUUGAUGUACUGCUGUGUUUUUCAACAUGAACUUCUCUUAUUGUGAUAUAGUGAUUUCUACAUGCUUAACUGUAAUAUUUACGAUAUUAGGUGUUAAUUAUCAACUUAAUGUUUUACUCAUUAAUGGAUAUUUCCUUACAUUUUACGUUGUCGCCGUAUUUAUAAUAGCGGCUUGGACCGCUUUUGUAUCAUUACAGUCAUUGUUGAGAAAAACAAAACCAGUUGGAAUAAAAAUUGAAGAAUUGAGUUUUACAAUUGCUAUCAGUAUUAUUUUCGAGACGCUUGUAAGUAAUUUAUCAAAUGAAAGAAAAGAAAAUAAGCAACAACUUAUUAAGAAAGGACAAAAAUUGACCAUACAAAAGAUACACCUUAAUAACGAAGACAAAAACAAAGAAACAAAUCUAGACAUACAAAAUUCUAUAGAGUACCGUAUUGAGGAAUUCGUUGUUGAUGUUGAAAAUCGUUUUAUAAUUAAGUGGUAUAAGUACAUAUCUUAUGAUAAUAAUUUUCCUUCUGAAACUAGAAAACUACUUGAUGAAAUUGUAAGAAGAUUUUUGCAAGUUGUUGUACAGGUUGAUAACAAAAAACUUUCCUAUGGUAUUCUAACAUUAGUUUUAAAUCAUGUUAAAGAAUUUCGUAAAACUGUUAGAAGAGUUAAACGAAAUGGUGGCACUGUUGAAGAGAUGUACAGGUACAAUCAUAUCAGUAGCAAAUCACCGGAAGCUAGAGAAAUGUACGUUCACCGUUUAACAACAGACGUUUUAAAACAGUUUAUAAAUUGGGAACUUUACUGUUCUCUACCUUGCAAGAUACUGGUAUCUGUUUUAGCAAAAAAGCUAGUCAUGUACAUGUUACAUUAUGUCUCUUUGCCUGGCCUCCUAAAUUAUAAAAUAUUGCAAACUUGUUGUGAGAAGUACAAGGAUUACGAUUUGAUUAGGCAUUCGUCCGUUAAACUUUCAGAUAUAAAUUUCCAAAACGAAGACGAUAAUAAAUCGGAUAGUAUUUCAAUGUCAGAAAGUCAAAUUGCAAAUUCACAAAUUGACACAAAUACUAAUCCUGAAGGAACUGACAAAAAUAAUGCUCGUGUAGCUGAUGAGGUAGACAGUACCACGCAUUUUAAAAGGUCCAGUACAUCCGAAGCACAUCUCCAUGAAAAAGACGAAAUUAAAGAUAAAGAAUGUGACGAAGCAGCAGCACAACUUUCGAACUUAAGGCAAUUUAAAAAGAGCGAACCAGUAAAAAUUUAUAAAUCUAAACCGACCAAUAGAACAUGGAGAAACUCUCGCGAUCUACAGUGUAUCUCACUAGGUGAAGAUCUGCUAGAAAUACAAAACGUUACAGAAGCAAACUCAGAAAUUCAAACACUAAUUGACAGGAACUUACGGAAGGAAAAUGUUAUUGGUAUGAAUAAUAUUAAAUUGCUAUACUCACUUAAGUUCCAUUUAUGUUUCCACUUGUAAAUGUAAUAUACAGCAUUUUUUAAUUAGUUAAUUGACGGGCUUAUCCUAUUUUUGUAUACAUUGUUUUACAAGUUACUCAUUCUAAUAAAAAAAAAAAAAAAAACAAUUGUAACUGAAUUUAUUCCAAUAUUCGACAAAUUUGUUUUGAACAAUGCUGCCGUCUACUGGGGUAAGUAUAAAUUGAAAAUCUAUGAUUAGGGAAAAUCCCCACCCUUUUAUAUGUUAUUUUAAUAGGUAUAUAUAAGUUCCUAAUUUUACCACUAGUAAUCUUUGGUGGUUACUCUAGUAAAUGGAUGCAUCGACCGAAACAAAGUCGAAUAUUCUGUGAAACAUUACCAUUGUUUUCUUUUGUUUUUUGUUGCACAGUCAAAAGUUUAAAACUGUAUUAAUCUAUUCCUAUUUUAUAUUUUGUGCUUUCAGAAAACCUUCCGCUUUUACCGACUGUCUAUAGCCCCACUUCUAUUUUAUUUUUUGUUCCCGUAGCAGUAAUUUCUGUGCCGCGUUUUUCUAAACA